CGACCCCUCAAAGGUUCUGCAUCCGGGUCUGAACUUCCUUUUUCUCUGUGCCUAAAUGUGAGAGGAACUAGGGAAACCUAGCCCUCAAACUAAUCUAUAUCAAUCCUUGAAAAGGGCACAUUAAAACUUCGCCAAAAUGACCGAGCAGAUGACAGUAAGGGGUACCCUGAAGGGGCACAAUGGUUGGGUCACCCAAAUCGCGACUACCCCUCAGUUUCCCGAUAUGAUUCUGUCUGCAUCCCGAGGUAAGCGCUUCUCAGCCCGCUACGAUGGACGGCAAUAUUGCUAACCCGAAGCAUGUUACCCGGUGCUUGUUAAAUUGAUGUGUAGCCUCGACUGCUUGAACAAUUGAAUCAGAAAAGUGAGCUCAAUCAAUGUAGGGGACAAGUCUUGCGUCAAACGCAAUGUCUAGUGGACAAACUGCUCUACAAAUAAGUUUUCUGUCCGAUUGCUAGCCCUUGGGAACAAACGUCACCUGCUAUGCCGACACCACAUCCACGUGCACCGCCAAGUGGACAAAAUGUUCAGUAGGCUAGCAAUGAAAAAUGGAUUUCUGGACCUGCCAAUUAAAUUGUGACUAGCAUAGUAAUCUGUUAAAUGUUCCUGUUUGAGGAAGCUAUGGUUUUACUUGUCUGUCAGUGAUUGUUGAAGGCAACAUACCGGUGGUUGGCCGGAUAGCUAGCUUUCCAUACUUAACGCGUCGUUAGUUGGACAGCUUGCACGGCAAUGCACUUUUGCUUCUGUCAACAUCCCAUGUUACAUUAGUUAGCUAGGCCUACCUAUUGUUGUUCAACUGCAAUCUCUACCAUUCCAUACAUUUAAUUUAAAUUUAUAAUCAGCAUUUCUCUUUUUCAGAUAAGUCUAUCAUUAUGUGGAAGCUGACCCGUGAUGAGACCAACUAUGGCAUCCCCCAGCGCGCCCUGAAGGGACACUCUCACUUUGUGAGCGAUGUAGUCAUCUCCUCAGAUGGACAGUUUGCCCUGUCCGGGUCCUGGGAUGGGACCCUCCGCCUGUGGGACCUCACCACGUAAGUAUAGGGGCAGUGGGGUGAUGGUUUAGCUCCAUACAGGGUUCCUGUGAACUACAGAGGGGUAGUUCCUGUCCUGGAGGUCUAAAUUGUGUGCAGGCAUCUGAUUCAAGUGAUUCUGAAUUGAAGACUAGGAUUAGUUUACUCAUUUUGUCCUGGGUGGUUCAUUGCUGAGCUAGAACAAAAGCCUACACACAGACAUUCUAGGACCAGAGUUAUCUGCCUCUACCAACCUGUUUACACCCCUCCAUGUAUAUCAGGUCAGCGAGGACGAGGUUAUUAAUCCAACCAUUUGGGUGUAGGGGGUUCACCCCUGGUGCCUGAGCCCAAGAAGGAAAUGUUGGUAGUGUCAUAUCAUGCUGCAGACAUGAGUCAAUGCUGGUUCUAAAGUGAUGAUGAAACUUCCAAUGCCAUCUGUAUCCCUGUGAUGAUAAAGAGGCUGUUUCUGAACGCAACCUGCGCUUACCUGUGAAAGAUGAGACGUGGGUAUAUCAGAGAAUAUCAUGUUCUGCCUUGGUUUCAAUAGUGUUGACUUGAAUAAUGGUUAUUAGUCAUCUGUAGUGUGAAGAUUUACACAUGGACUCAACGAUUAUCUUCCUCCCCUCCAGUGGCACCACCACCCGUCGCUUUGUGGGCCACACCAAGGACGUCCUGAGCGUGGCUUUCUCUGCCGACAACAGGCAGAUUGUGUCUGGCUCUCGGGACAAGACCAUCAAGCUGUGGAACACCCUGGGAGUCUGCAAGUACACCAUCCAGGAUGAGAGCCACUCUGAGUGGGUGUCCUGCGUGCGCUUUUCCCCUAACAGCAGCAACCCCAUCAUUGUCUCAUGUGGUUGGGACAAGAUGGUCAAGGUAAGGACAAAACUGCAUACAGCACAAGUGACUCAAUAGGACAGUUGGCUGUGUAGAUUAUUUAACUAAGCAGAGAUCUUGAUAAUUGUUAAAGGGGGUUUGGUUACUAUAGAUGUAAUAAAAUCAAGCUCUCUGUAAGAUUAAUAGUGUUUUCCUGCUUUGCCCUGUGAUUACAAUGUGACAUUAUCACCCUGAGCCUCGGCUCUGAUGACAAGUCCUGCAAUGAUGAUGGGUACAGGAACCAGGCUGCAAAUGUGUGCAAUGUCGAACACUUGAAAUGGUUCACCUCUGGCGGGUAUUUUUCUUAUGUGUAUCCUGACACAUGGCCUUCCCCAUUGUUCUGUUUCUAGGUGUGGAACCUGGCCAACUGCAAGCUGAAGACUAACCACAUUGGCCACACUGGCUACCUGAACACAGUGACCGUCUCUCCCGAUGGCUCUCUCUGCGCUUCUGGUGGAAAGGUAUGAUGAAAGCACUCUGCUAAUAUUGGCUAUUACGCUAUAGAUUUAAAAUUGUCACUGUUCACCAGCAGUUUCUGCCUUUAUUGAAUGUGACCAGGUUAAAUUAAGGGCACUUGGAUGGUUCUGUGGUUGAUGUAAUAACUUGGGGAUAGUUAUUGGUGUGUAAUGUGGCGUUGCAAAGUUAUGAUGGAAAUUCUAAUGCCGUCUGUUUCACUAUGAUGAUAAAGAGGCUGUUUCUGAACGCAACCUGCACUUUUGAAACUUCAUUUAUUUUACUCCAACCUGCCAACUGAGAUUUGCCUUUUAAGGUUAUUGUUGAUUGGUCAUAUCCCCAGUGAACGACCAUGGACUCUACACAUUAUUGCAUGCCCAAGUUGCCCUGCAAGCAUGCAUGUUAAUUUGCAUUGGCUGACCUUUGACCCUGAAUCCCAUUCUCUCCUCCCAUAGGAUGGUCAGGCCAUGCUGUGGGACCUGAAUGAGGGGAAGCACCUGUACACCCUGGACAGUGGUGACAACAUCAACGCCCUCUGCUUCAGCCCCAACCGAUACUGGCUCUGUGCCGCCACCGGCCCCAGCAUCAAGAUCUGGGUAAGACUCCUACUCUCAGAAUACAUCAGUGCUGACGGUGCAGUUGGUUGGAAAGACCGUUUUGUGUUGUAGUCUGUACUCAACUCUACAUUAGUCAAGGAGCGAUGAUGGAAAAUUCCAAUGCCAUCUUAUUUCUAUGAUGAUAAAGAGGCUGUUUCUGAGCUCUGCUAACUGGCUCCUUUUCUGAAGCCAUCCAUUGGACCUGAGAAUGUGAUUGCCAUGUCCACAUCAGAGUAGUUGUUCCAAUUCCAUCACAACCCAUUGUCUCUAUCGAAGCUAUGUUCACCAUUCUCCCCUUCUCCUCCCCUCCCUUCAGGAUCUGGAGGGUAAGAUAAUUGUGGAUGAGCUGAGACAGGAGGUGAUCAGCACCAACAGUAAGGCCGAGCCCCCACAGUGCACCUCUCUGGCCUGGUCUGCUGACGGACAGGUAUGACAUACCCCAUUACUACUCUACAUCCCACAGAACUACAUUAGAACCCUGGGAUUAUGUCUAGAACUGGGUCAUGUUAUUUCAGUCUGCUCUCAGAAAGUAGUGUCUGCCCGGUUGGUUGUUGCCUUGCCCUGUGAUUACAAAGUGACAUUGAUUGCCUGAGCUUUGGCUCUGAUGACAAGUCCUGCAAUGAUGAUGGGUACAGGAACUAGAGUACAUAUUCAUGCAAUGUCUAGCACUUGGAAUGGUCAACCCUAGUGGGAGUAUUAUACUUUAAUACAUAGUCAACAGCUUCUUUUUGUGUUGCAAUUUUUGGCCAUUUCUUAUUGUCCCUUGUCUUUUAACAGACCCUGUUUGCUGGCUACACAGAUAACCUGAUCAGAGUGUGGCAGGUUACCAUCGGAACCCGAUAAGGACCUUUUCACAGAUUCGGCGAUGAAUAAAAUAGUUUUAAAUGAACUGAGUUUGUCUUGUUUGGUUGAAUACGUUUGCACGAUGUGUGGUGCAGUUUUGAUGCAGACAUUUUUUGUUGACCUUUUGUAAUAACUGGGUUGUGAUUCUGUAAUAAAUGGGUGAAACAUUUUGACAUA